AAUCCAGUUUCAGUUUGUUGAAAUAAUUUUGUUUUAAUUUAAAGACACACAAAGACAAAGUAAACAAUUCAAGGGAACUGCAUCGAUAGCUUAGUUAAAAUGCACAAAGGCAAGAAAUGGCUAAAUCCUAUGUUUGACAUUGAGGAUAACCCAACACCAAAGAAGUUAAAGAAUUGUUCAAAGCAACGGAAAUCGUCUGAAGAGAAAGCUAAAGCUAUUAAUUACAAAACAGAAACACCAAUAAUAAACCACAAAAAUUGGAUGAAAAACUUUGAACCUGUAAAGGUUGAAGACCUUGCUGUUCAUAAUAAAAAAAUUCAAGAAGUUGAAGACUGGUUAAAAAAUGCUAUGCAAAACUCUAGUGAUAUUUUACUUCUUAGUGGGCCUGUGGGAUGUGGAAAGACAGCCACAAUACAAACAUUAGCAAACAAACAUGGUAUUAAAAUUACAGAAUGGAUUACUCCAGUAGAUAUUGAGUUACCAACCGACUAUGGUGAAUAUGAAUUUAAAGAGAAGCAAUCAAAAAAGUUUUUAGACUUUGUAAUAAAUGCAGCUAAUUUUACAUCAUUGUUAGACAAUAAUAGUAAUAAGUUGGUACUGGUUGAAGAUUUUCCUAACACAUUUUUGAGAACACCGUCAGAAUUUGCUAAUGUUUUACAGCAGUAUUUGAAUAGAGCAAAAUCACCAAUUGUAUUCAUAUGUUCGGAAAAUAAUUCAGAUAACAAAAAUACCAUAUUGAAUAUAUUUACACCAAGUCUUAAAGAACAAUUUCAAAUUCAUCAUAUUGUCUUCAACAGUGUUUCCACAACAGGGUUGAGGGCUGCAUUGAAAAGAACAUCUGAUAUUAUAAGCAAAAAAUUUGAUAGUAUGUACAAUAUUCCAACAACAGACUUAAUAGAGUCUGUUUUGAAUACUUCUGGAGGAGACAUUAGAUCUGCAAUUUUAAAUUUACAUUUUGCAAGCUUAAAAGGUAUAAAUCAUAGCUUAGAGACUAGUGUAAUUAAGGAAUAUAAAGGAAAAGGAAAAACAAAAAAGAAAAAAACUACACAUAAAUUUAUGUCACUUGGCAAAGAUCAGACGAUCAGCAUUUUACAUGGUGUAGGCAGGGUCUUGAACCCUAAAGUUUUAUCUGAAGAAAAUGGAACAUCAAAAUUGUCACAUUCACCUGAAGACAUUGUGGAUCAAUUUUUAUGUAAUCCAAGUUCUUUUAUAAAUUUUCUUGAAGAAAAUUACUUACCGCACUUCUCUUGCAUAAAUGAUGUAGAGAAAGCUACAACUGCGCUCAGUGAUGCCGACUUCUUGCUUUCGGAAUGGAGGGAAAAGUUUUGUCAAGAAUAUGGUUUAUACAUAGCAGUAGCUGGACUAAUGCUGGCUAACAAGUCCCCUAUAUCCGCUUGGAAUCCUGUCAGAGGUCCAAAAAACAUGAAUCCUCAAUAUCCAACUAUGCAACAAUUACCGCUUCUCAAUAAAAAUUUUAUGUAUAAAGGAAAAAUUCUCGUAACUGAUUAUAUGACUUAUUGCAAAAUAAUUGGUAACAAGAUAGAUUUUGAAGUUGACAAUGAAGAUUAUGUAAUUGAGUAA